AGAGAGGAGAGAGAAAUUCAAGUAGUUUUAUCUUCGUCAUCGUCGUUCGUUCCUCCAUCCCCAUCCAAGUCUUCCCCUUUCUUAAUUCUGUCUAAUUCUCACUCUGGGCUAGUCAUCCUUGUUAUUUUCACUUUUGUUGUAUUUGUUGAAGGGUUGAAGAUGAAUAUUUGUACGGCAGCAGCAAGCGGCAGCAGUUGUACCUCCACGGCUAGCUCCAUUCUGGUGUUUCUCUCAUCAUCGCUCUCCAAUUCUACCAAAAUCAAGUUCCUCCCUUCGGUUUCUAGAUUCUCUUCCAAGCGUAUUUGCUCCUUCCCUCAAACUCACCAACGUGUUGCUAUUUGCAAGCCAAAUAUGAACUUGUUGAAUAGACUUGGGUUUGGUAGCAUGAGGGCUCCGGAGAAUAUGGAUUCCUCGAUUCCUCAGGGUCCAGAUGAUGACAUCCCUGCACCAGGCCAGCAGUUUGCCCAGUUUGGUGGUGGUUGCUUUUGGGGUGUUGAACUAGUCUUUCAAAGGGUGCCUGGGGUAACUAAGACUGAGGUUGGGUACAGUCAGGGAUUUUUGCACAAUCCAACCUAUGAGGAUAUUUGUACUGGGACCACAAACCACUCAGAGAUCGUCAGGGUCCAAUAUGACCCCAAAGAAUGUAGCUAUGACACUUUGCUUGAUGCGUUCUGGGAUAAGCAUGAUCCUACCACUCCGAAUCGACAGGGGAAUGAUGUGGGAACACAGUACAGAUCUGGAAUAUACUAUUACACUCCUGAACAAGAGAAAGCAGCCCGAGAGUCAAUGGAAAGACAACAGCAGAAGUUAAACAGGAAGAUCGUUACAGAGAUUCUUCCGGCCAAGAAGUUCUACCGGGCAGAAGAAUACCACCAGCAAUACCUUGAGAAAGGAGGCAGGUUCGGUUUCAAGCAGUCUGCUGCCAAAGGGUGCAACGAUCCAAUUCGAUGCUAUGGCUAAGAUUAUGAUUAUGUGGGAGCAGAAGUAUCAGUUCAGACCUGGAUGCUGAAUGUCUAUAGCUUUGUGAUAGUGAGUAUCUGUUAAUAUAUUCAUAGAGCUUCUGAAAAAUUCCUACUGUAUUGUGUAGUUUAAGGUAGGUCAUAAAAUCAAUUUGUAGAGAUGAUCAUGUAUUGGUGUGCGACAGUUGAAGUUCUUGUUUUGCCGGUGGAGUGGGAAUGCUGCGUUAUUUGAACCUAUUUAAUAUUUUGGUAAUGGCGUGUGUGAUAGAAAUAGAGGUGAGAUGAAUAAUGUCUUGGAAUUGAAUGCAAGUGAGUUGAUAUGUCAGUUUCAUUGGUUCAUUUUCAGGCUGACUUUUCAUGCAGUUUACUGUGGAACUUUGA